UCCCUCCCCGUGGGGCGCAGGGAGGCGAGCCCGCCCGGGAUGCCAUGGCUCCGCCGGGCUCCGCGCUGCCCGCCUGCCUCCUGGGGCUGCUGCUGCUCGCCUGCCGCGGAGAUUUUGGCCGUUCCUCCGAGCUGGCGUUCGUGGUGGAGCCCAGCGACGACAUCGCGGUGCAGGAGCAGCCCUUGAUCCUCUACUGCCAGGUGGAGGGCAUCCAGCCCAUCACCAUCACGUGGCGGAAGAACGGCGCGAUGAUCGUGGACAGCGAGAACGCCUUCAUGUUGGCCAACGGCUCGCUCUACGUCUCCCGCUUCCAGAGGGUCCGCGGGGACGGGUCCUCGGACGAAGGCGAGUACGACUGCAUGGCGCAGAACCACUAUGGGCUGGUGGUGAGCCGGAAAGCCAAGAUCCAGGCAGCCACGAUGUCCGACUUCCACAUCCACCCGCAGAACGCGGUGGUGGAGGAAGGGGGCGUUGCGAGGUUCCAGUGCCAGAUCCACGGCCUGCCUGAGCCUGUCAUCCUCUGGCACAAGAACCGCAUGCCGGUCAACACGGACAACGAAAGGUACACGCUGCUUCCCAAGGGGGUUCUCCAGAUCACGGGGCUGAGGGCAGAGGACAGUGGGAUUUUUCACUGCGUCGCUACCAAUAUUGCUAAUGUGAAGUUCAGCCGGGAGGCCAGGCUCACUGUGUCAGGCUCCCACUCCACUGUUUACAAGGACCCCAUGAUUCUUGUCGGACCGGAGAACCUCACGCUGACGGUGCACCAGACCGCGGUGCUGGAGUGCAUCGCGACCGGCAAUCCCCGGCCCAUCGUCUCCUGGAGCCGCCUAGACGGCCGCCCGAUUGGCGUGGAGGGGAUCCAGGUGCUGGGGACAGGAAAUCUCAUGAUCUCGGACCUCACCGUGCAGCAUUCUGGCAUCUACGUGUGCGCCGCAAACAAACCCGGCACGCGGGUGCGACGGACCGCACAGGGCAGGCUCGUGGUACAAGCCCCUGCGGAGUUCGUGCAGCACCCCCAGUCCAUCUCGAGGCCCGUGGGGACCACCGCCAUCUUCACCUGCGUGGCCCAAGGGGAGCCCCCGCCGCAGAUCACUUGGCUGAGGAACGGGCAGAUCCUGGAGACCAGCGACCACAUAAAGCUGAAGAAUAACAACAGCACCCUCUCCAUCUACGGGAUCAACCAGGCGGACGAGGCCAUCUACCAGUGCAUCGCCGAGAACAGCGCCGGCUCCACACAGGCCAGCGCCCGCCUGACGGUGCUGUGGGCGGACGGGCUGCCCGGGCCUCCGCAGGCCGUGAAGGCCGAGACGGUGUCUGCAACCACCAUCCAGGUGUCGUGGAAGGAGCCCCUCCAGAACACCAAGGAGAUCAUCGGCUACGUGCUGCACAUUCGGAAAGCUGCAGAUCCCGUGGAGAUGGAGUACCAGGAGGCUGUCAGCAAGAGCACCUUCCAGCAGCUGGUGACUGAUUUAGAGCCCUCGACCAGCUAUAGCUUCUAUAUAAAAGCUUACACCUCCCGCGGUGCCAGCAAGGCCUCAGAAGUCACAGUGGUGAGCACGCUGGGAGAAGUCCCAGCCAUGCCGUCCCUCUUCAUUAAAGUCAUUAACAGCACUGCUGUCCAGGCCACGUGGGAGCCCUCCAUCAAACUGGGCCAGCAUGAAGGCUUCAAGCUCUACUACCGCAAAGUCCACCUCUCCCAGUACACGGGUCCAGUGCUACUGGCCAGCAACAUAACAGCGUACAACAUUACCCACCUGGAUGCGUCGGUGGUGUACGAAGUCAAACUCCUCGCCUAUAACCAGCACGGGGAUGGAAAUUCAACUGUCCGCUUCGUGUCCUUGAGGGAAACCGUGGAGAGGACAGCGCUGAACCCCCCUUGUGACUGCAUGAAGGACGAGCAGAACAAUAAAACCUCCACGACUGGUAUCAUCAUUGGCAUCCACAUUGGCGUCACGUGCAUCAUAUUCUGCGUCCUUUUCCUCAUGUUUGGGUACAGAGGAAGGCUGCUGAUGUGUAAAAACGUGCAGGAGCAGCUGUCGACCCCGCAGAUCCCGAGGAGCCAGAGGAGCGCCACGGGGCUCGUUCUGAACGGGGCUGCCCGCAGGGACAGGGACGAGCGGGACUUGAACGGGAAGCAGCUGGAUAUGAACGAGCUGGAGAGGUUAUUCCCAGCGGCACCCUGCCAGGAGCAGCAGGACAAGGGAACAACGCCGUCUCGCAGCCCGCCUGCCGCCCACGACGACACGCAGAUAUCCACGCUGCCCUUGGAUGAGUUCAGCAUCAUCGAAGAGCAGCCAGAGCCUCCCCAAAAAAGCCCCUGCGGCGGCAGCCCUGCUGCUCCGGCCCCCCACCCCAUUCUCACCCAUGAAGGAUAA